UAAAAUGUCAGUCCUGCUCAUGCUUGUAAGCUCCCUUCAGUACCUGGAGCGAGGUCUCCAAGGAACUUUCUCUUCUCCAAGCUGAACAAGCACAACUCCCUCAGCCUCUCUUCAUAGGAGAAUUCCUGCUCCAAAACCUCCACAUCCUUCCUGUACUGGGGGCUCAAGACCUGGAAACAAUAAUCCAUGUGGGGCCUCAUGAGGCAGAGUAGAGGGAGACAAUCACCUCCCCUCUCCCUGCUGGCCACCCUUCUUUUUAGGUUUUGGUUUUCAAUCAUGAGAGUAUCUAACUGUGUCUCCACUUUUUCUUUUUCCCCCUUUCAACAAUUAAUAGAGCGCUGCAUGAAAAUACCACACUGAGGGGCAAUGCUGAGGCAGUGUUGAGAUGUUCUUCUGAUGUUAAAGGUGGUCAGAGUGCUACGUAUGAGAAUGCACCUGCAAAUUCUGUGAAAAUAUUGUAAAUAUUUCAGCAUUGAGACUGUUGGGAAAAAUUUUGCUCAAAUAGGCUUGCCCGAUUAUCGCAAAAAGAGGCAUAGGAUGGUCUUUAGCUUUCUUUAUUUGAAUAAAGAGAGAGUCUACUGGGGACAUUUCUCCACAGGGUCUCUCAACCUGCCAGAGGUCGCAGGCUUUUUUGUCCCUACUUCCCAGCCAUAUUGUCCCUUCUCCUUGCUGGCUGAAAUACUUGGAGGUUACAGACUUCCCAGUCCGCCUAAUACGUGUUCUCCCAUGUGUGUGACCUACCCCGUGUAUCAAACACCACAUGUAUAUUAGCUCUAACUGUAUGCCACUCGAGGUAAAGUUAAUAUUAAUUAGCCUAUUACGCCUGCACAGUAAGUCCAAAGUUUGUAAGCUCAAGUUGUCAAUCGACCUUUGUAAGUGAAGCCUUAUUUGGUGAGUUUACAGCCAUCAAGUGAAGAGGAAUUUGCAAGCCUCUGCUCAUCUCAUCUGCAAGGACACCUUGUUUGCAAGCCUCUUUUAUGUCAAGACUAAUAUUAUUAUUCUGUGUCUCAAACGAACUCCUAGUCUUGAACACACAAGCAAUUCAUCAUGCUCAGGACAGAAGAUGCAGUUAGCUGCUUACAGGCAGCCACAGAAACAUAGAAAUGAGGACAAGGAAUUCUGGGUGGAGACACAGCUGAGAGGGUCUGAAGAAGAGCGCAGACAGCGGAAGCCCGAGGCUCACCACCCCAAGCAGACCAACGCUUGUCUCACUGAGAGGCGAGCUGCUUCUCCUGCCGCCUCUUCGGCCCGUCUGGCGGCCGCUACCGAAGCGCUCCCGCUCUGCCCCUUCGCCGCACCCCACACAACAUGGCUACCGCCGCUGAGGAGGCAGCCGCCAUCGCGGGGCUUCGGCGGGAAGGGAGCGGGUGAAAGAAUGGAAGACGUGCGCGGGAAGGCGAGACGGGCAGGGUCAUCUCUUACUAACACCAGCAUGACUUUAACAACUGAAAUAGGAGGAGUUUUUUCUCCGGAAAUCAAAUGUCUAGCUCCUGAUCCCUCAUAUGAAAAGCAGAAAUUAAGUUAUGAAGAUCUCUCUCCAGAGGCAAUCCUGUGUACAGAUACCUUUCUGGAGGAGAUAACAACACCACAAGAUAUAUUUCUACAUGUUUUAGAAGAUUACCAGAAACCCGCCAUGGCUGUGAUUGACACAGAUAACAGCAUAAAGGAACAACCCUCCAAUAAUGAUAAAGAUCUUUUGCUGUCAGACUUUGGGAAGAUUCUCAUGGAAUCACUGUCACUCACUGAACAGAGCUUAGGGACUGGUGAACUUGAAGGCAGUGAUUGGUUGAGAUUCCUCAGCAGUUCUGGGAGUCCUACCAUGAUAAACCCAUUGCAUGUUGAAUUAGAGUAUCCUGAUCAUGUCUUUUCCAGUGAUACACGAGCGGAUAAGAACAGUGAUGCCCUGCCAGUAGAGCCUGUGACAGAUCUGAAUUCCAUGUCUGGAUCUGUAGUACAGCCUGACACAUCUGUGGUGCCAAGCAAGAGGCAGCUUAACACCAAGGAAGAGCAGGCAAAUUCAGAACAUGAUAUUGCCAGGCAAGUGGGCAGUGACUGUAUGCAGAUAACAAGCGUGCUUGAGCCUCAGCUUCCUGUGAUUCAGGUGGACAAAUCAAAAGCUUUAACAGGAUCUAGCUUGCAGAGGACAACAAAUGAGCAGCUUGUGAGUGAUCAUCAGAAAGGGAAAGAAGUAAUUCCAAAUUAUUGGAGAGCCAUUCCUAAUGAAAAACGAAAUAGGAAGGGAAGUUCACAUUUAGUAGAGGCUGUUCUGUGUGCAGAAACUAAAACAUCAGGGAGAACGAUGGAGCUAAGAGAGACUUCCUCAAUAAGUAAAAUUCAGAAAUCUUCUAAAAAGAAGCAAGACCCAGAAAUCAACAUGUCCCAAGGAGUAUCUCAGAAUGAGAAUAGAAAAGCUGACCAGAGAAGGAGGAGCAAAAGAAUCAAAGAUAAAAUGAGACAAGAAGUCUGUCAUAGGAAUUUCACAAAUCCUCAAUGCCAUGUUAUGCUUUCAAGAAUAAAUAAGAGGAAUGCAUAUGGUGAGACCUUACUACACAGAGCUGUUGCUGCUGAAGAUCUAAACCAUGUACAUAAUCUAAUAAAAGCUGGUGCAAGUGUAAAUGAUAAGGAUUAUGCUGGCUGGACUGCACUACAUGAAGCAAGUUUAGAAGGCCAUUACAAGAUAGCAAAUGAGCUUUUGAAAGCAGGAGCUGAUGUUAAUGCGAGAGGAAGUGAACAAAUAACACCACUGCACGAUGCAGUUAAAGAAGGCCAUUAUAAGGUAGCAGCAUUAUUACUCCAUUACGGAGCUGAUCCCUUAUUAAAAAAUGAGAUGGGAAGGAGUGCAUUAGAUGAAACUUCCGACCCAUGUAUGAAGAGGCUGUUUAAACGCCAUCUAGCAAGAUCUGGAAGAGAUUCAGUAUCAGGUGGAGGUGAUGCAGAGAAUACAUUAAGUGCUCAAAGUAGAGAGGAUACAAACCUGCACCAGGUUUCCUUACAAACAGAUGAGUCAGAACUAGUGUGUGCAAAUCUUACUGAUUCAGGCAGGGCAGACAUAUUGCAACAGACUAUUGAAAAUGAGAUGCAAAACACUUAUACUAAUAUAUUGGAAGAUGGAACCAGCUGCACAGAAGGCACUCUUAAAAUAAAUACAGAGACACUCCUAGUGCAUGAGCUUUUAGCAACUACUAGUGAAGCGAGUUCUUCUGGACGUCCUUCUAAUUCCACUGAUGAUGUACUGAACACCAAUGAGCAAAAGGUUCCGCAUCUAGAGACAGGAGGGGGAAUUCUGCUUAAUGCAGAAAAAAGCACUGAAAGAUGUCACAUGAAGGAAACUAAAGAUGUUCAUAGUUUGGAGAACUUGUUUAGAGAUUUACAACUCCGUGACAAGAAAAUACAUCAAGUUAAACGGAAGAGACAGGAUCUUAGAGACACCAACUCAAAGUCAGAUAAAGGAAGAUUUGCUGGAAUGGAUGGAACAGAAGGUACAGAAAAGAAUAAAGAAAGAAGUGCAAAGAGCAAUAUGCUCUUGCAAUUCACUGAAGUAGAAGUCCAAACCAAAAGAAUAAGGUUAGACCCACAGGAGACAAGACAAAAGACAGACUUGUGUUCUAGUAUAAGGAAAAACAAGCUUUCAUCUACUUGUUCAAAAUUCAAUCAAGCGUCAGCACAGCAAACCUCUAAGAAAUCAGCUGAGACAAAGACGAGAAAGAAGAAAAAUGCAAAAGGAGAAACUGAGCUGCAUAUUGCUGCUAGGAGGGGAAAAUUGUCUUUGGUGAAAACUCUGAUAUCAUCUGGAAUUCCUGUAAAUGAACAGGACAAUGCAGGUUGGACAGCAAUUCAUGAAGCUUCUGCUGGUGGAUUUACUGAAGUUAUCUCGGAAUUACUGAAAGCUGGUGCUGAUGUUAACAUCAGAGGUCUGGAUGGUAUUUUGCCAAUACACGAUGCUGUUUAUAUCAAUUCUUUGGAGGCAGCCAGGAUUCUACUACAGCAUGGAGCAAAUCCCUGUGAGAGGAAUGAUUCUGGGAAAAGUGCUUUGGAUGAUGCUUGUGAUGAUGAAAUGAAAGAACUGCUUAUGUCUUACUGUUCUGUUGAAGAUGUACUUCCUCUUGAAACUAGUGACGUUACAGUUGUGAAGUGUAGCCAUUGUAGGUCAAGAAGACAAAAAAGUGUUUGUCUUCAGUGCUGUGAAAAUGGUGAUAUGUCUUUGGAGCCACAAAGUGAGAAGUACACUGUGAAUUCUGUUGCUGCCAUACAAGAUAUUGAAAAGAAGCAGAAAGAACUGUUGCUACUUGAACUGAGAACUUCUGAAGAUGCAGAUGUGUUUAUCCGAGGCCUGUCUCAGAUAGAAGGUACUUUGAAUGAAGUGUUUGCAGAACAGAAAGCAGACAGGGAUGCCCUUGCUAAAAAGUACAGGGCUUCAGCAGAAUCUUUUAAAAAAGGAGCACAGAGGGAACAAGUAGCUAACCUCUCUUCCAGACAAAAGAAUCAGUUGACUGUUGUCCAAAACCAGAAGAAAUUACUCCAGAAAAUAGAAAAUUACAGAAAAACAAAGCAAGUGUUCAGAGCAUCAGAUUCAGAGAAGCAAAUCAUGAAUCCUGAUGUAGUUACGUAUGCUAUGGGGCUUGGUGCCAGCAUGCCUAAUGAAAACAGAGUAGAAGCACAUUUCUCUUUAGAAAAUAGAUUUUCAGCUCAGGAAUGCAGCCAGUAUCCAAACAACUGCUUGACUGAGACAGAAGCAAAUAAAGAAGCAGUUAGAAGCAAAGUGGUUUCUGAUAGCACUUCAGCAUCUGAAAACUGGAUAAGAAAAUAUUACUUCUGUGACAUAUCAUCACUGACAAAUGCUAUAGAGUUAGUGGCAUUGCCUUCAAAACCUGAUGCUUCCACUGCUAAAACCAAGUGUUCGCAGCAAAAAGACAUUGAUCACAUAACAGUUGGAGAGCAAGGAAACCAGUCAUUAGAUCCCUCUUCAGUGACCAACAUAUUAAAUAUUUCAGAAACCCAAAGCAUUGCUGUCAGUGACAACAUUUGUCAGCCAGGCAGUGACUGUCAGCAGGUUCUUGCAGAUGAGGAUAUACACAGAUAUGUAAAUAAGAAGGAAGCUUUCCAGCAGCACCAGCAAGUAGCAGCAUCAAUGUCUGCAGAUAACUUUCCUAAUCUACAUCAAAUGUUCUUUCGGAGUUGUGGGAAGUCAUUUAAUGCAGACUCAAUGGUUGCAAAUUUUGCAUCAAACGCAGAUUAUCCAGUAAACCUUAGUGAGAAAUCUUUCCAGAACUAUAGUUACAAGGAAUGUGAACAAAAACAAAAGAAGUAUGCAAGAAAAAACACAAAAAAACUUCAGCUGACAGAUCUUCUUGAAUUGGGAAGGAUUAAGCCAGGAGAAAAUGUUUUGGAAUUCACUCUGAAGGAAUUCAGUUGCAAAGCCACGCUUUUAACAAAUGGAAAGAUCAAAACAAGUAAGAACAAAAUAUUUCAGAAUCCAGUUCAGUGGGUUAAAGACCUACUAGGAAAUGAUAUUUAUGUGACAUGGAAGUAUGCGUGGAACAAGGUUGCUUAUCAUGGGACACAGUUGUCAAAGCUCAUUGUUGAAGAUGCACCUGUUUCUAAUGACCUGGAAAUACCAUCACAACAGAGAGAGCUUGAAGAAUCCUCUUCCUGCUUUUGGGUGACCAUCAGCAAGGUAAAAGGUUGUGUGUCUGUGUACUGAGCUGAGUGGAUAAUGAGAACGAAACAAAAUGGGACCAGAAAAAUAAGAAAUACUCUCAAGGACUUAAUGUCAUAGAAGCCAAUUCUAAGAAUUUAAUGUCUGUGAUUUCUUACCUCUUAGGUUUUUUUUCUGAAACUGGCAUAUAACUUCAAAGGUAACUAGGUGACUCAGAACCGUGCGCUAAUGUAGGUCAGAUGGAAUUUCUGGAGGUCUCCAGUCCAGCUUCUUGGUCUAAGUAGGGCUAAUUUACAAGUUAGAUAACAUUGCUUCAGCCCUUGUCCAGUCAAUUUCUGAGUAUUUUCAAGGAUGUACAUUGCACAUCUCUUUACAAGCUGUUCCACUGCUUGACCAUGCCAAUGGUCAUUUGUUUUUCCUGUGUUCAGGAAUCUUGUUUUCUUAAGAAACCUGGCUUAAAGUAAACUGACUCUGAAGAGCUUUAAACAGUGGCUCUCUGGCCUUUUUACUUUAAAACUGUAAAAAAAAAAAAAAAAAGCUUUGAUAUCUGGCCUUUCAGCUGCACACAGCUGCUUUUCAUCAGCUUCGGUGGUUAUGUGUAGACUGAGGGAAGACUGAGAAAAAUGGAACUGUUGUAGAUAACCUUCCUAGUACACACCUAUCUUCCCGUCUUACUUACAAAAGCGAUAAAAGAAAGGCAGUGUAAUUAACAGCAAGAGGAAGUCUUGCUGUGUUGCUUGUGAACAGGGAAAAGAGACUUUUUUGACACCACAGUCUAAUAGUGUCAAAUUAAAGCACUUAGGAGACUACCUGAAUACCUUACCAUGAUGAACAUUCCAAUUAUAUUGCACUUUUUUUUUUUCCAGCACUGAAUUUUAACAAAGUUGGAACAAAUCUCUUAAGGAAAAAUGUUUGGUAUUCAAAUCACUACACAGUAAUAGCUCAGGGGAAGCCUCUAAAAGUAGUUCUGAGGCUGCACUUAAAAAUCCACUGAGCAAGUCACAGCUCCUGCAGAUUUUGCUAGUGUGUGAAAACCAUGGGCUAUAGGAUGUCUACCUAACUGUUUUGACCUGAGCUGUAAAAGGAUUUAUACUUUGUCUUAUGUUUCUUCUAAUCUGCAACAACAUGCUGUAAAUUGUAUAUAUUCUAUUCUGGAAACUUGUGUACAUUUUAAGAUCGAUAUUGGCAUGUAUGUCAAUCAUACCUCUCAACUUUUUGGGAAAAAUCAAAUUAUAACUGCAGUAAAGUCAGUAAUAUCUGCUGAUACUUCGAUUGUUCUCUCUUUAUCCUAAUAGGUGAUGUUGUAUUUCUAUAUUGUAACAUUCUGUUUCUGUAAUAGAUUUGAGGGUUUGAGUUUCUCACCUUGGUAAACAAAAACUUAAAAUAAUAAACUGGUGCAAGGACCCUGGUGAGUAGCAGUUCAUACAGUAUCAUAUCACCUAAAGUAUUUGUUACUGGCUAAUGUGCAUGUACCUGAGGUAUGUAGCAGACAGGAAAAAAAGUUACUGUAUAAGGUUAUGACCUGGGUGAAAGUUUUAAUGGAGAAUGAUAUAUUGUAUUUAUACCACUUAUCUAGGCAGUGUUGGCAGGAGAGCUAUGAAGUAUCAUUAAUACAUUUUUUAAACAUUUAGAAACAGAUUUAAUAGUAACUGUAUCUAUCCAGAAAGUACAGUGUCUCCCAGUCUGUGUUGUGGGACCAAUAAUUCCUGCCUCGUGAAGCAUAAAAAUAAAGAGAUUUCCGCAUAAAUCUUGAAUCUGAUACUUCAGAAUAAAAAGCAUGAAUUCAUACUCUCUCAUCAUGCCUGCGAGUACUUUUUCUAUGUAGAAGUAGAGUGUAUCAAGAAAGGUCACUGUUAUGAAAUACAUUCAAAGAAGAGUGAAUCUAGAUAGCUGUUUUUUUGUUUGUUUGUUUGUUUUCUGCUUUAUGACAUUGCUUUUGUCAGUCUUGCUGGAGGACAAAAAGAAAGAAUGAGGUUAUGAGAAAUGCUAUUAUUUAUUGAGUAGAGGAAGAAACAUUGCUUUCUCAAAUCUAACAUUUUAUCUAGUAUCUACAGAAUAGAAUAAUGAUUUGUGAAGCAUUAAUUAAAUUCCAAAAUAUUGCUGUGCAAAUUCUGGUACAAUUUUAAUGGUACAACAAAGUAACUCAUCAUUAUAGUUCACUAGGUAACUUCCAAACUGAAAUGAUUUAUUUUACAAGAUGUGAUAAAUAACCUUCAAAUUUUUCCAAAGGAUGUUAACUACUAAUAUUAAAAAGAAAAAUGCAGCAUAUGAUAAAUUAGCUUUUGAAAAAAAAUAUGGGUUUGGAAACAAAGUGUCACAAAGUAGCCAAAUUCCAUGCUGGCCAGUAUUUUCUAGGACUUCCUUACCUUCAGGUAUCUGGCUUAGAUGACACGUCUCAUUGUUAGAAAAGGAUCACUCCUUACUCAUUUGUUGCAAAAGCCGAAACCUUGGACUUCAGCAUACAGAGGAGGAAAAAUCUGUCACAAUGAAGAUAUUUAUCACAUGAAGUGAAUCAAGAAGUGCAGAGAGACCUGGAAAAAAAAAGAAGCUGAGGGGAAAAAAAACCAAAACCAGAAACAGUUAUCAGGGAAGCAUCAUAAAUCUUAAGCACCAUAGGUCUUAAUCAACUAUAAAUAAGUCAUUUCCAAAAUUACCACUAACACAGGAAGAAUUUGUAUGCCUCAAUUCAGUCACAGUACUUUGAGAAUAACAGGAUCUAAAAAUGUUAUUUGUGUAAGGUGCUGGCUGUCAUUUCCGAGUCCUUAUUUGGUGUGAAGGGCCAAUGCCUGUUGAGAUUCCUGGUUUAUGAGGCGUACUUCCUUUUGAGUUCUUGAGUGGAACACAGAUGAGGCCCAAGAAACCUGCAUUCUCUUAAGAUAGUUUUUGUUCCAAACAUUCAUGGUGGAAUUCUAGAUCAAAUGCUGUUGUCUUUAAGUGUGUUGUCCUUAGAUCUUCUCUUCGGUAAUGCGUCUGUAGGCCACAUCCAAACUAGCUGCACCUAACAGAUCCAUUUGAGACAGGUGGAAAACAUCUUCUGUGACUUUACUAUUGAUGUCACAAAUCAGUUAGGCUUUCUCUCAGACAUAGUAAUAAUCUUCGCCUGUGUUACAGAAGUAUUGACACUAGAAUGACUAAUGCCUGUAAGUUGACUCAAAUAUGCUGGUGGUUGAAAUGCAAGAACAUUUAAAUUCCUUUUACAGAUAAUUUGAAGCAGUAUAAUAGUUACAAAGUGAUUUACAGUAUCUGUGUGAUUCCAGCACUAUCUUAUUGGGAAAAAUGGUGGGAUAGACAUUUUUUAAAAAUGGUUCUUCUUUUUUAGGGAUCAGAAAGUGAUGACUGCACAGAAGUAACGAUCUUUUGUGACUAACCUUUAUGCAGUUGGAAAUUCUGGCCUGGCAUUUAUGAUUUUGUGGCACUAAUGGGAAUUUCCCUUAAAUAGCAUUUUCAGGUUCUUACCUACCACAGAAGCAAUGUCUUAUAAAGCUGUAAGAAAAUGAAUAUAAAAGUUGAAACUGUUUUAGAAUAGUUUUGAAGCUAUAAGGCUGAAACGGAUGCCAGCACAGAUGUAAAAGCUAUUGGCAGGCUGGAUGGAAUGAGUACCAAGAGAAUUUGUGUUUUCCCUGGACAUACAGAGAGAGAGAAAAAAAAAAAAAAGGCUCAUUCUGU